UUGCCCUCUUCAGUCGGGUACGCAUCCUCGUAGCGGGCGUAUCGUAGCUGUUCCGUUUGUACGUGGGAAAAAACAAAACACGCUCGCGCACCGUAAUGGCCGCCGUGGGGUGAACGCGCGACGUAGCUAAUUUACCCGCAUUUUACGUCACGGGUUUUAUUCCCAAUUGCAGUAUUCCGCGGGGUGAAAGUGUGAUAUCAACAUUGUACAUAUUAGAAAUGUGAUUUUUAUUAGUGAACCGGUAUAAUUCUGUGUUCAAGUGUGUAGCCAUUUUCGUGUGUGCAACGGGAACAUAUUUCGAGCGAUCGCUUCUCUAGCAUCGCAAUGCCUUUGUCUCUCUAAUAAGUUUUAGAACAUAUUAUUUGGAUUUAUGUGACAAAACUCUGAUUCUACGUCUCCCUAAAUCACCUCUUUGGAUUACUAACAACUAUUCGCUGUCAUCUUGUCGGGAACAUCGUCCUUCCACUUAAACUCGUGUGGCGCUGCAACAAAGCAGCCACAGUCUGAUGCAUGAAAGAAUUUAGAGAGAUCGUUACCACGCUUCAAAAUAUUGAGGAUCCGAGCUGUACUGCGCGAGGAAGCGAGAGGAUUGCGGUGGAUUGCACCUUGAGGCGUCUCGGAAAACGCGGUAGCAGCUCGGACAUCAGUCGCUCAGCUGACUCAGACCUGUGGAGACCUACCGACCCUCCUAACCAUCCGCGUGGGGUUUCCGGACGACGGGCGCCGGUGGGUUUCUAAAUCGAAAUGUAAACUGGAAACUUGUUAAUUUUUUAUAAAACGACCAAAUAAAAGAAGAAGAAGAACAAGAAGAAGAAAAAAAAAAACGAAAAACUAAAACUAAACUAAGAAGAAAACGAGAAGAGAAGAACGAAAAAAGGAAAAAUAUAUAUAUAUAUAUAUAUCAAAGAACGUGUCAAAGUUCAACGAAGUAACGAGUUUUCAUCUUUAUAUUAAUCGUUUUACCAUAGUGUGCGUACGACGCGGGUUUGAAAUCCAUCCAUUUUAUUAUAAAUAUCAUAUUUUCUUUUUAAAAAGUGUCAAAAGUUCUUUACCCGUAGUUCGUGAUACAGUGAAGUUCUGAUAGAAAUUAUUUUGAAUAAAAUAGAGGAAGGAAGGAGAAACAAGUGUUCCCAAAUACGUAUACGAGUGAUUGGAUUUCCAGUGAAUACAUACACACACAUAUAUAUUGAUACAAUUAAUCGAAAAAUUGUGAUUCAUCUUCAGCAGAACGUUAACGGAUUAUAACAUCGACGCACAUCGAGGCAUAUAGGAAUAUUGUUGUUAUCGUUGUUAAUGUUAUAAUUGGGAGGAAAAGAAACAUCAAAUUUUAAUUGUUAGCGACAGUGAAUACGAGUGAAAAUUUAGAGAGCAACCGUUUUUACUCUAGUUUGAAUAUUUCGAUAUUUUUAUUUGGUUUUUCUUCUAUCAAUUUUUUGUUCCUUUUUUCGUUUCAAGCACUCUGAAACACGUGUCAUGUCCGCCUGCAGCAGCAGGCACGCUCGAGCUCUUUAACUGCAAAUGACUUCCCGUCGAAUUGAUUUAAAAACCAGCGGUGAUAUGAAAUUAAGGGCUUAAGUUUAGGUCAUAAAUCCUAAUUAACCCUUCGUUCAAGUAAAACUAAAAAAAAAAAAAGAAAGAGAAAAAUCUGACAGUGUUCAUGGAGUGAGAUAUACGACCCCGUAGUGAAAAGUGAUGAACGAAUAGGAAGGUUUUUCUCCUUUUAAAUUCUAAAUCAUCCGAACAACAAGAAGUCAGACAAGAAUAUGCGUGCGAAAAAUAACGUCACGUUACUCUUCGUGUCGUCUAUUAGUGAAAUUUAUAAAAUAUCCUUGUUGAAGAAUUAAAAAAAAAAAGCAAAAAGAAUUAGUGCAAUUUGAGUGGUAAUAAUAUAUUACAUAUAUUGAAAUAAAGUGUUGUGAUCAUUCUCUAAAUUGGUUAUCCAUCUCUAGAUGAAUAAGGAUUAUAAAUAAAUAAAAUUUAAACAGAAAAAGAAAGGACCCGAGCAUAUAGUAAAAUAAAAGAAAUUUGCGUUCAAGAAAAAUAAGUGCGACGUGGUGCGAGUGCGUGUGAGUGUUGCGUAGUUGUCGAUAGAAGAAAAUAUAAAAUAAAUAAGGAAACUGUAUCGGUGAUAAUCGAUUCAAUAGAAUCAUCAGUUUUUCACCGAAUAACGGGGAAAAAAAAAAAAAAACGAAGAGAAAAGGAAAAAGGAAAGAAAAAUGGGAACCAAAAUUAGAUAGGCGACUAAAACUUUAGUCGGCUUCGAGAUAGUGUGACGGAUAAAUUGAUAUCCUGGCGUUUGGAGAAUCAGUUUUCUGACAAAACGUGAGAUCACGUCUCGGCAAACAUAACGUAACUAUGUUCGUGAUGUCGACGCGAGUACUGCUCUGGUUCUCGACGUUGUCGUGUGUGACGUUGCAGGUGAGAGGUACGGGAGAAGGAGGUCCGAACAGCCCGGUAUUCAACUUGGACCAUACGACACUGGAAAAAAACCUGGCAGCCAUUUUUAACAAAGUGUCACACGGCUCGGCCACCACCAAACGAAGCGUACCGGUAUACGAGGCUCAAAUGUCCGCCAGUACAACUUUGUCCACCGUACCGGCACCCCUGACCACAACUCCCACGUCACCGUCCAUCAGGUAUCCCAUUCCACGCGCAACCAUGGCGCCCCCGUACCGGGAAAUACCGUCGUACGCACCUCCGGCUAGGGCGUUUUUCACGCCACCCUUACCUCCGGAGUACCUAAACCCUUUCGCGGACAAACCUACCCUCAGGGGUACGAAUACCGACACUCAUUCGGGGGUACGACGACCCGUUCCACCGCCGAGUCUGACUCCGGCGCACGAAAGGAUACCCAUUAGGCCUCCAGAUCUUGUUCAGGGGGCCUCGCAGAGUCCGGAAAAGCCACCGGCGUCGAGAAAUAAACCGUUGAAUACGCCGAGCAAGGAACAGCAGAAGGGAUUGGAGGUAGUCGGUGAUACUGACCGGAAAAACAACAGCAGCAGCGAGGUAGUACCGACGUUACAUUAUCCCAGUAUAUCUAGAAUACUCUCGGGAAGUAACGGGAGGAAACAGGACGUACCGGAGAUCCUGUUCCGCCCCGUGUCGACGAAAGUACCACCGCUGCACAAUUUACCUCCUCAUUCUACUACUGAAGGACCGUCGACCACCAGCACUCAGAGAACUAUAACGAAAAUUUUUAACCCGGUCACACAUCCGACGAUAUUCAAUCUGCCGAACACUAGGCGGCAGGAGGAGGAUAACGGCGAUCAUAAUCUCAAGGACGAGAACGGUGACGCUCAUGGGAUCAGAACCGAGAACAUUGAGAUCGUGGACGCCGAGAGGCUCCCUUAUCCCCAACCCCAGCCACCCGCGCCCUCGAAAAGACCGUCGGGUAACAACCACGUGAUUAAUCAGGUGGAUUCCCACCCGCUGGCGUCCACGUGGAACAUAGCCUGGUCCCUCCACGUAUACGUGGCGGCCAUAAUGUUCACUCUUAUGGCACUUUACUCGAUCUAUAAAAUCGUGCGGUUCAACGAAGCGACGAAUCUCUUGAGCCAGUCGUAUUUUCUCACGGUGCAUCUACUUCUCACAACCAUUUGCACCCUUAGGUGUUUUCACCUAUUCUACGACGCUUACAACCUCGCGGGUUCCCUGCCGGAACCCCUCUCGAGGGUUUUGAUGUACCUUCCGGCGCCUCUGCUCACCACAGCGUUUGCCACGCUUGUUCUUUACCUGGCGAGAUGCUCGCAGGCGCCGUCAUUGAAUAACAAAUUCAUCUCGCCGACCGCCCUCGUGCUCUGCUCAGCCGUCCACGUGGUGUUAUGCAUAUCUCUACACGUCUCGACUCACGUACUCGACUACAACGACGACGCGAAAAUAUUACCGUUGGUCUGCCAGUGCGUUUAUAUAAUAGUCUGCGUUACUCUGGGCCUAUGCUACAUGUACGUGUAUCGCGUUGCCAGGUCGCAGAUUCAGAUUACGAAUACAAAAUCCGUUGGGAAUCACGUCGGUGCUGACCCAACAACCGUCGCCCUUAGUACCGCCAUUACCACGACAAUAGCAACAGCCAUGUUGUCGAUACUCAUGGGAUUCGUACAACUGUACGGAAUAUUCGGCGUUCAAGGAAGGAUAGGACCUCCCGGAUACCCCUGGUUAUGGUGGGGCUGGCAGUUCUCCGUGAGGCUUCUCGAACUAUCAAUUUGCGGUCUAUUGGCCUGGGUCGGAAGCCUCUCGCAGUAUCCGCUACGCGAGAAACAGCUGCAACAGCAUUCGGCGCAUUCGGGAUUCGCGCUAUUUCCAUGCGGCAGUUCAACCUCCACCGAGAAUAUGGACGACGUACUGUAUCCCGCCAUAUGCAGCACCAAUCAGGCCAUCCAGAACUACACGAAUCGUACCGGUAAACAAGUGUACGACGAUAGUUUUCCGCUCAAUACCCUACCCGAACACUUGAACAUCUCCGGUACCUUCGAGCGACAUUCUAUAAGAAAGUCGGGGACCAUGGGACAUUUCCCCCACGAAGCGAGGAGCUCAUUAAACCGCCACGGAAACGGCGUACAAACUUUAAGGGCGUCCUCGGAUUCCAGGGGUAGACAUACGCCGAUACAAAAUCUCCACGAUCAACCGCCAACGUCCGGCUCUACGAUGCUAGUUGCCGAAGAUGGCUUCGUUAGAUUCCGAAGUCUCGGCGCGGAGGAGGACGACCUAUCCGACUCGCACAGUAUCGUCGGUACUCACGGACGGGGAAGUUCCUUAGCCGGUAGCGUCAGAUAUAACGCCAGACAUCCGGGGAUACAACAUCAACAUCAACACUCUCAUUCCAGUCAUCAAGGGCACCAUCAAAGUCAUCACCAACUCUACAACAACACGUAGGCCGGGGCGACGCACAGUCAGGGCUGAAGAGUCUUCGCUCGCGCUGUGAGAUUUAAUGCUUUUCGUUUUGGCGACCCGGUGAAGACGACAAGGCCGAGAGGACACGGCACAGCGCGGACAACGCCUCGUUCGAGUCCUUCGAAGUGAAAGAGACAAAAUAAAAAAAAAAAAAAUGGAAGAUGAUACCAACAAUGAGGAACAAAAAGCUAAAUAAAAAUAAUAGGAACAUUAAAAAAAAAAAAAAAAACACCUGAUCGAUCUGAUGUAAGAUAUUAUAUUGUCCCGUGUAUAGACAUCCAUCCGUGGCCCCCUGAUCUAGUUACUGUGCUGCUCAAACUCUCAGAUAAAGUUAAUAUUGAUAUUUAUUUAAAAAGAAGAGAGAUACGAGAAGAAAAAUCUAAUCGCUGAUGAUAAUAAUAAUAAUGACAGCAACAAUAAUCGUCGUUACGGUUUGUGGAGAAGGCGAUUUCCGAGACAAAGCCCUUGUAUAUAUGAAUAUAUAUAUUAACGUACAGGAAAUGAUGAUAUAUAUAUAUAUAAAAUGGAAGAAAUAUAUAUAUAUAUAUAAGUGGUAACGAAUCUAAUCUUAUUUUCGAAGUACUUAAUAAGUUAAUAAGUUAUUUUAAUCGAACAAAAACUACCUUCGGAAGAAAAAAAGAUGAGUAAAUUGCGACGAAAGUGGAAUUUUUCUUUUCAUCUUCGCAGCGAAAUUCUUCACAAGUGUAAAACGUACAUAAAUUUGAUUGGAAUACAAAAUAUUACAUAUAUUUAUAAUAUGGUACAUCUAUAACGUAAAUGAGAGAAGAUGAAAAAAAAAGAUAAAAGACGAAAAAUGAAACUGAACAACAAAAAAAAAACGAAACAAAAUUAAUGGAUAUACUUUGCCGCGAAUCGCGUUCCGAAGGGUUUUCUAAAUCGAAGGACGGGGUCUCAUAUGUAUUCUACAUCGGUGUAUCGAUCGGAAUGUGUAUGUACUCUACUUUACUGGAUGUAUAAGGAGUCGGGUGGGUAUGUAAGGAUAGAUUUUGCUAUAUUAUAGUACCUAUCUAGGGGAAAUGGGGGAGAGAAAAGGAGGGUAUAAAAAAAAAAAGUUAGUGGUUGGUGUGGGACCCGCAGAGAAAUUCAAUCUGUUCUUUUAGAUUUUCGUCGGAGAACAAAGUGGGUAGGUACCUUACCAACCUACUCACCCUGAAUUCAGUCUAACCUGACCUGGCCUGACCUAUCCUAGCCUUACCUGAUGUGGUACAUAUCUGGGUGUACUAUACUUAUACAUAUAUGAGCGGCAGAUUCCACUUCCGCCAGUUUACUCUCUCGGUAGGGACAAAAAGAAUUGACCGUUUUGGUCCAAGAUGAGAAUAAUAGGGGCUUGUUGGGGGAAAAGAGUAAGAAAAAAAAAAAAAAAAAUGGCGAUGGUAAAGAGAGAAUUAUUAAGGGGAGAGGGUGCAGUGCAAUAAAAGGUCCAAGGGGGCAUUUGUACAGAGCCGUCACUUAUUUAAUGAAAUACUAAAUAAAAUAAAGGAAAAAGAGAAAAACAGAGGAGGAAGAAGAAGAAAAAAUUAUGAUAAUGGUGAUUAUUAUUAUUAUAAUGACAAAAAAUGAAUAAAUAAAUAACUAAUGAAUAUGAAAUUAAAUAAUUAUAAAGAAAUUAAACUAUUAGUAUAAGUUUAACUUUAGUUAGUUUAUAAGAUUAGAUUUAAGUUCGUCGAUCGAUAUAAAUAUAAAUACGAUUAUAUAUAAAUAUAUAUAUGUAUUAUAUAUUAAAAUAUUGGUUAAGUUAAGUUAGCCACCGAACUGAAACGAGGUGUUGUUGAUUGACAAUUUUUCUUGUUUAUUUAGAAAACAACAAAUACAACAUCAUAAUCAACGACAAGGACGACAAAGAAAAAUUGAAAGAAAAUAAAUAAAUUAUUUGAAAAGAAAAGAAAAUGAAAAAAA